GAGAGGAGGAUGUGCUGCUAAUUUCCUCGACUAGUUUCAUGCUAACAUACUUCUGCCUAGAAUUAUGUUACUUAUCCAUUAGGCUGGAAACUGCUACAUCUGAAAACUGUACACCAUGAAUGCCAGCGGCAGCGAUAUGAAUACGUUAUUAGAAGCAUGCUUCGAAGGUAGGGUUGGACCGGCAAGUCAACUCCUCAAUGAAGUGAACUUCUGUAAGCAGCAGGUGACGACACCAGCCUGUGUAACCACUAACAGAAGAAAUCUCUUGGACAGUGGGGAGACAUACUAUGACAUCAACGAUGCUUUGCAUGUUGCAUGUUGUGGCAAGAACUUGGAAAUUUUAGAUUUGCUGCUCCACCAUGGGGCUGAUCCCAACAAAUCGACAAUGGGUUCAACAUUCCAAUUUGCGUACGAAUUUAAAAAGCUAUCUAAAUGUCUCCCGUCCUACUUCCUAACAGCUGAGAGGUUUCAAGGACAGGCAUUGCAUUUCGCAGCAUAUGCUAAUAACACGUCCAUCAUUGAGAUGCUACUUGACCAUGAUGCAGACAUAAAUGGAACUGAUUGCGUUGGAGCGACCCCUCUAUUAAUAGCUGUGAAGACGGGAUCUAUAGAAGUAUCCAAGCUAUUGUUAGAAAGAGGUGCAAGUCAAAUAUGUAAAGAUGAUGGUACCACUCCCCUUCAUGCUGCUUUAGGAAGUGGAAACUGUGAAAUUAGUGCAAUUACAUCUGCAUUAAGUAAUGUGGAAAAUGUCUCCACUAGAUCACUGCUAGUUGAGAUGUUAUUGGAGCAUGGAGGCAACCCAAAUUGCACCAAUAAGCGAGGCCAGACACCUCUACAUCGAGCUUUUGCUGAUGUAGCAGUAAUCAAGAUUCUUUUGAAAAACGGUGUCGAUUGUCAUGCAUCCGAUAGCAAUGGUCGUACGGCAUUGUUGAAUGCAUCAUGGUGCAUUCACGAGGAAAAUCAUUCCAUUCAGACAGAAGCUGUGAAAAUUCUGCUUAAGCACGGCGCAGACCCGAACGUAGCUGACAGCUACAAACAUCUACCUCUGCUCUACGCCUGCAGAUCUGCAAAUCCCGAUGUCGUCAAGCUUCUGCUAGAUUUUGGCGCCAAUGCAAACGUGUUUGACAUCCGUGGCAAUCCGGCACUGCACCUGGCUCUCAGGAUAGAGGAGGACGUACUAGAGAAGCAGCCAACAAUGAGUGCAACACAGCUGGCGGCAAAGCGCGAGGUCAUACACGACAUUGUCAAAGAGCUCCUCGAGCAUGGUGCUGACCCAAGCAUGCCUGAACAGACGUGGGGCAAGACGGCUCUGCACAUCGCCUGCAGUAAAGGUCAGCUAAGCAUCGCCCGCGAAUUGCUGAUAUUUGCGGCCGACCCAAACAUACGCGACAGCGAUGGUAAUACGCCACUCCACCUCUUGCGUGAUGGUGUCACCCGGAAUAGCAUGAGUCAUGAAAUCGCGGCGGUCCUGUUGCAGUACGGUGCACAGGCAGAUAUCACCAACCACAGUGGCGACACACUGCUACAUUACGCAUGCAGAUCAUUCAACAGGUCCCUCAUCGACACUUUGCUAGAUGGUCAAGCUGAACCAAACGUGCAAGAUCGAUUAGGAAACACAUCCAUCAUGCUUUUACUGAAGCGCAUAGGUCGUUAUCACAAGACGAUGUCAGAAUCCGAAUACAACUGUGCCAAGAUGACUAUUGAAGCCCUUCUUGAUCGUGGUGCAAACCCAAAUGUGUCAAACAAUACUGGACAAACUCCGAUGAUGCUUAUGUGUCUCCACUGCGACUGUGACACCAUCAAAGUGCUGUUGAAACAUGAAGGGCUUCCUCAGCACAGGUUAUGUAAGUGCGACAGUGACUUCCUCGUGUUUUAUAAACGAGUUUUGAACCACAGACCGUGGGUUAAUGGCUAUCAUCAGCUACCACCACUAGAUGUAGGAAAUCCAGAGCAGACAGCAAUGUGCUUCAUUGAUAAUGGUGCAAAAAUAACUCCUGAUGUGAUUUCGUAUGCAUGUAGAGCAGGGCACUUUGCAGCUCUCAAGUACAUGGUAUCUCAGGAUGUGGACCUGAACAUUCCAGACUCAUGUGGGGUUUAUCCCUUAUUCUAUGCUUGCAGCAGUCCUAAUGCAAAUCUGUCAAUUGUACGGUUUUUACUUGACAGUGGAGCUGACAGCAACGUAUGUAAUCCAGAUGGGUAUCUGCUACCUUUGUCGUGUGACAGCAGCAACUUUGAUGUCGCAAAGGUUUUGCUACAGUAUAAUGCAAAUCCAAACCUCUAUUGUGAGAACACUGGUUCACCUCUCCAUGUCGUACUCAAGUAUCGUACUCCAAACGAGCGGCUGUCCUACGAUUCACAGUUGGAGAUUAUCAACGCUUUACUUGAGCACGGAGCUGAACCAAAUGUCGUCAUCUCAAAGGUAUCCGCACUACAGCUUGCUUGUAAAAACAGUUGCGCAAUCAUUGUUGAGAACCUUCUGAAUCACGGUGGUGAUGUACAUCAAAAAUCUGAUGGCAAUAAAAGCCUGCUCCACUCUGCUGUGUUCCACCUGGAAAGGGAUUCUGUCGUAGAAAGAGAGAUAAUUGCAUUGUUGUUGAAACAUGGGCUCGAUGUGGACACGGCUGAUGACUUUUGCAAUACGGCACUCCAUUACGCGUGCGAUGCAAGACAGUUUGCGACUGUGUACUUCAUGUUAGAGCGAGGAGCAUCUACUCGCGUUGCUAAUCAUGUGGGUGACACACCACUUCAUCUGCUUCUUGGCUGCUGGUUAGAUGCGUCGCAGACAGCACAUCAGGAGCAACAGGGACGUGUCAGUGACAAUCUGUCUGAUGUAGCAAACUUUGUGAGAGCCCUCAUCCAGCAUGGAGCAGAUCCGUAUCAGGCAAAUAAAAAGAUGGAAACUCCUAUGUAUUUAGCAGCCAACAUGGGAAGCAUUCCUAUCUUGCAAGCACUGCUCAGUGCAUGUGAUGGCAAGGUAACUUUUUCUGCCGAGCAGGGCAAGUCGCCUCUUAUAGGCGCUGCUCUUGCUGGCCAUGAUGAGGUUAUAGAGUACCUUACCACACUCCCGGGGUGCUGCCACAAAGACAGCAUCAAGUCUUUCCAGCUGUUGAGCACAACUAAGUGGAAUGCAAAAACAAAAGGAUGCCAGUACCUUAAGCGUGCCCUAGAAUUGCAAUCGGCAGACACAGAAACAGUGCAAAGCAGCAUGCUUGCACACGAAUCACCUGAAACUCGUUCACACUGCCACACACUGCAAGAGCUUCAUGUGCUAGAAGCAUCAGGCAGUGAAGAGGAUUUCUGGCACGAAGCACUGUGGAUCCAGGAGAAGCUUCUUGCACCUAUGAACCCUGAUCUUCAACUCACUCUUAUGGAAAACAUCUGCCAGCAAUACCAGCAGGAAGAGAACUACGUGAAAAGUAUCCCAUUGUGGGGAAAAGUGAUAGAAAUUCACUCCCAUCACAUCGAAUCAUUAAAGCAUGAAAGUACGAGCUUUGAUGUGCUCGAGAGGUGUUCGAAGAUUGUGCGACCGGUAGAGCUGCUCGCAGCGGAAGUCACGGCAAACAUCCGACAAGGUGUAUUGGAUGAUGCGUUAAUGAAUAACAUUAGGCAGGUCAUUGGGCUACUUGUUGACGUUGUGCAGAAACUUGGCCGCCACGCUGUUGCUUGCAUGGAAGGUGACUGCUCCAAGAUGAGCCUCUCACAAGAGACCAAGUUACGACUCAUCCAGAAGAGAAUACAGGCUGUAGCAUGCAGUUAUGAUACCCUCUGGUUACUGUUCGCUCUGGCACUUGAUGAGAAGAACUUCACGGCUUGUAACUAUAUGCACACUAAGCACUUAGUUGCAACAUUGAAUAAAGCCACUCGCGGGACUGGAGUUCGGGCAUUUUUGCUUCAUGGGCUUUGUGCCAGCACACACAUUAGAGAUUUGACCUCAGCUAGCCAAAGCAUCUCUAGUCGAUCAUUCAGACCUAAGGACCUCAUAGGUGAUCACAUGAACAUACGUUUCACGAGACUUUUGUCGCUAAUGUUGGAGUGCGGUUAUGAUGUAGCGCUGAAAGAUACUGAGGGUAACACACCGUUACACUAUGCCGUAGAUCAGGUUCCUCUUGAAGAAACUGCCGUUAGCAUGCGUCAGUAUGCUGUUGUCAAGCUAUUGCUUGAAUAUGGAGCACACGCUGACUCGUGCAACGAGGCAGGUUUGUCACCAUACAUAAUCUGUCAGAGUCGUGGUGAUGGCCACAUCAGAGCACGUAUAAAAAGCGCUGUGUGUCAAGCUCACAUGCUGAGUCUCAUGUGUACCACUGCCCGCGUGAUCAAGCGGUCCAAACUACCCUAUGAGCAAUUAUUACCAAAUGCACUGGUCUCAUUUGUAGCAUUGCACUGAAGUAAAGCUAUUCUUCGCAUUUGACCAAUGUAUACGUUUGUAGAGAUUGUAAAGAUUGAAUGAUUAUAAUUAUUGGUAAUUAACCUAGUGAUGGGACAUGUGACAGUGAUAUGCUCUUGUGUGUCUAACAAAGAUAUUUUAAUUUUUUUGAAUUUCUUCAACCGGAAUGGAUUGUAUUUUAUCUAAAAUAAGCCUGUGCUGUUAGAAAUAAUUAUAACACAGAAUCGGGCCAGCGUGAUGUAUAAGAAAUGUAUCCUUACAGUAUACAGUAGAAUAUCGAUAAUGGUUUGUAAUUGAAUUGAAUACAGUAAUAGUUUGCAGAUGUUUCAAUAAUUUCUUCUUUAUUAUUAAAUCGAGGAAUAAUUGUAAAUCAAUAUGUAUCUAAACGUGUAUUGCUGAUUGAAUAUCAUUCUUAUGCAAAAUAUUAUUCCUAUGGCAAAGCA